GACGAGAAUAUCUUUGGAAAUUAGUUGACUUAUCUGAUCAGAGUCAUACUGGAGAAACAUUACAAGAAUGCAUUCAAAAAAUAUUUGAUAAACUUGGUGCACAUAAGUUUGGAGCUAUAGUAACCGAUG